AUGUUUACCAUUUCAAAGGGAUUUGCUGUUAUAUCUGCAAAUAAGAACCUCAAACUACCGUUCAUAGAAGAUAUACCUGCAUUUUUGGAAUGGGUGGUUUCGGAAAAUCAGGGACGGUUUAAACGUGACGGUUUAAAACACGACCCUUUCUUACAUGUUCUAAAACCGUUUGCUUUAUCAAGGCCUAGUGGGACCGUGAACACGUGGCCCCGAACAUUGAGGUGGGUUGGUGCAAAAUCAAAGUGGGACUUGCAACAUCACUUGGAACACUUUAGAGUGAUGAUGCGACAUCUAACAAAGGAUCAGGUAAAUUGGAACCCAUGGGGGACCAAUGAAUCCGAGUUGCCAGAAGAAGUAAAAAAUACCGUGCCGGCAACUCGUAAACGAAUCCUACUUGAGGGACCAGCUAGUUCAGCUUGGUUUUUGGGAGAGCGAGUCGCAAUGCAAAGUUUAGGCACCACAGAACCUCAAGUACCGAAAAUUUCACCGAGGACAAUGCUUUCGGAUUAUAAACUCACUGAUGAGUUAGAAGUCGAGGAAGCACUGAAUGGGUACCCAGCUUCCGAAUGGCUUGCAAAUUCAUCCGACUAUGCCCAGUACAGAGAUGAGUACAUACGGUAUCGCCACUAUGCGGACUUACGUGAAGCGGAAGAAGAACAUCGAACUCCUGAAGGGGCCAAGAUAAGGGUAGCAAACAUCUCUCCUCAGCCAUGGUCAGCGCGAAUACCAUACUGGGCCGCUGAAAAUGAAAGUAAACUUGUGCGGAUACCCCGUGGGCAAGAUAGCCCAGAUCUACCAUUACCUGAUGGUGUCACGCAUGUCACUGCUGAAGCUGCAACCGAGCUUUUGGACCUAAUUGCUGGGUUGAAUGCUGUACUAUUUUCAACUGCAUCGGAAGCAAGCGUAGAGAUCAAGCGCCUACGACAAGAGAUUGAGUCAGAGAAAUUGAAGAACACCUCGGGCACAACCAUUGCGAGUUCGGGUCUUGUUCAACACGUCGUAGAUGAUGAUGUAGAACAUGAGUUUCGCACAAAAUUUAAACAUGACAUAGGUAGAAAAGGAAAGACCAAACUUGUGAUACAAGAAGAGCAUGAAGAAGAUGAGGAAGAGGAAAAAGAAGAGGAAGAAGAGGAAGAGGAGGAAGAAGAAGAGGAAGAGGAAGAGGAAGAAGAAGAGGAAGAUGAAGAUGAAGAGGGAGAUGACGAGGAAGUUUGGAUCGAAGACGGGAAUGAGGAUGAGGAUGAGGAUGCAGAUGAGGACGGGGCCGCAGCUAAGGGUAAUCCGGAUGUAGAACAACACUCCACAGACCAAAAACGCAAAGGUGAGAAAAGUCUUCGUUCACGUACCCCAAAGAGAAAGAAAACCAUGUAA